AAACACAAAAAAGAUCUCGUAAUAUCUUUAAUAAAAAUAUGUUUAGAACAAUAUAUCCAAUAUAGCUAACGUUAUAUAUGCCUGCGUAUCCAAUAUUUUAUUGUGCAGGAUACCACUAGUGCUUGUAAUCUUCUUCACAGUGUCCAAUCUUCAUUUGUUCUCUUAGGUGGGUGAAGGAGCUCAACCAUGGCAGCAAACAAGCAGCUUCACGCUUUAGUCUUCCUCCUGUCUUACCUGGUCACAAGACCAGCUUGGUUCGGAAACGGCGCUUCCUCCGCAGCACAGGAGAUCCGCAAAGGCUUCUCUGUCACCCACGACUCGUCCUACUCCGAAUUCCAAUCCCUGCUUGCCGAUCCCACCGGCGUCUUCUCCCUCGGCUUCCUCCGGGUCGACUCAUCCCAGCUCGAUCUCGCCGUCAUCCACCUGCCCUCCUCCUCCGCCCUCUGGCGCGCCAACCCGGCUCGUCCUCUCCUCUGGUCUGCUUCGGCUUCGCUCUCCUUCGAUGGCAGCCUGGUCCUUUCCGACUCGCGAACAGGGGUGCUUUGGUCCACCGCGACGGCCGACGGCGACCGCCUUGUCCUCCUCAACUCCUCCAAUCUUCAGAUCCAGAAGAUGGCGGGGGCCGCCGCCACGGUGCUCUGGCAAAGCUUUGACUUUCCGUCGGAUACACUCGUCCAAGAUCAGAACUUUACCUCCACGGCCGCUCUCUUCUCCAAAGACCAGCGCUUUUCGAUGAGGUUGGGUGCGAGCUACUUCGCCCUUUACAUGGACUUGGACGGAGGUUCGACGCCCGUGAUGUACUGGAAGCACUCCGCUUUGGACGUCAAGGUCUUGAUCGUCCCAGACGAAGGGCCGAUCUAUGCCCGGGUUGACGCGCACGGGUUUCUGGGGAUGUACCAGAAAGAGGCGGCCCCCGUCGACGUGUUUCCCUUCGACAGCUUCAACCGGGAAAUCUCCGGGCUUCGCCGCCUGACGCUGGAGUCCGAUGGUAACCUCCGAGCGUACUAUUGGAACGGUUCGAUCUGGGUCCGCGACCUCGAAACCAUCGCCCACCGCUGUGAGCUCCCCGCCGUCUGCGGAGCCUACGGGCUCUGCAACUCGGCCGAUUCCCGAUGCAGCUGCCUCGACAACAGCACGGAGGAGGGGUGCCUCCCGCCGGGCUCCGGCCAUUUCUGCGGGGAUGGAGGCUCUGAGUUCCGAAUCCUAAGGCGGAACGGCGUCGACUUGGCCAAUCAGGAGCUGGUGGCGUACCGAAAGGUGGCAUCUUUGGAGGAGUGCGAGGGUUCCUGCGAGCAGAACUGCAGUUGCUGGGGGGCCAUCUACCACAACGCGUCGGGCUUCUGCUAUCCGUUGGAUUACCCGAUACAGACGCUGGUGGAGGGGGACAUGAGGAGGGAGGGUUACUUCAAGGUGAGGGUGAGGACGAGCGGCGGCGGAGGCGGUGCGGGGAGGACAGCGAGGGUGGCGUUGUUAGUAGUGGGCAGCGUGGUCUUCGCCGGGGCGGCGUUGUUCGGGGCCUACAGUUUGUGGAGUCGGCGGAGGCAGAUGAGGGCAGGCAUGGACGGUUCGAUGGUAGAGGGGCUGGCGCCGGGGUCCUACAAGGAUCUCAACUCCGCCUCUUUUCGUUCCCUCGAGCUUUCCAACUCCUUCUCCUUGAGGAAAUGAGGCGGAGGGCGACAGAAGCGAGCCAUACGGGUGGGGGUAGACCGGGAGGUGAGCUGACCACAUAGGUGACUGGAUCUGUUUGUCGUGACGAUCUGAUCGGGUCGCUGUUGGGUUCUUAAAAUUUGCAGCGAUCCAUCUUAAAAUUAAAUAUUAUUUUUUUGUAUGGGUCA